AUGGAAACUCAACCUCAAGACGACCUUCACACUCUCGACGAAUCCCUCCGUCAUCUCCGUCUCGACAUCCCGCACCAACCAUUGAGACUUGAUAAAAUGUUUCUUCGUGCUUCUCAAUGGCGUCAACAUUCACAAGUCCCUACUACUCCACGACCACCAAGUCCUGUCAGAAAACACAAGGUGUAUCCUCUGCCUCGACCUCAACAAGGUGUUUCGCCCUUAGGUGGAUUGUUCGAUUAUACCGAGUUGAUACCUUGUAUUCUGGACGGGUUUGAGCAUCCGAGGGAAUGGACGGUACUUGCAAGGAUCAAUAGGACUGUGGGGGAGCUGGCGAGGAAGAGUUUGUAUGAACAUGUUUGGGUGAGACCGUGGGAAGCUGAUCCUCAUACUAAACUUGUAAAACUUUUCGAAACCUUCCACCAUAACCCAGAAUUAUGUACAUUGGUCAAAAAGCUUGACGUACGGUUUUUCCCUUUGGGUUUGAGGAACGAACAACGUCAUGAUCUGGAUGAAAAAGUCCGAAUGGCUUUGAGUCGAAUGAUCAAUCUGGAGUAUUUAACAUGGACUAGAGAUAAAUCUCUUAAUCCUGAAUUACUUCAAACAAUCGUUCUUCUCCCUCAACUUCGUUCUCUAGAAAUAUCAGGUCAUUCUUGGAGAUAUUACGAUCCAUCUCUUAUCGGAUUAGAAGAACUUGGGGUUGAGGCUUUGAGUCAUUCCGGUUUAACCGACAUGUCCCAUUUCCCUCCACUUCCUUUCCUACACACACUUUCAAUAUCAAUAUCACCUUCCAAACCUCUUUCUUCCCCUACUACCACUUCCAACUCUUUCCCAAUUUCCACUUUCACUUCUCACAAACCCAUUCCCCCUCCUUCUCUCCCUUUUCCCCACUUACCACCCGUCCCAUCCCUUCAAUCCCUUCAUAUAACUUAUUCAAACUCUCAAAUUCCCCUCUUACCUCAUUCUAUCCCAUUUUUAUCCUGUCAACUUUCUCCUAGAAAUUUACUCAAACUUUCUCUCCUGAACUUUAUUCUUUCUUCAGAUACACUCUCCCUCCUCCUUCAAGAAUUCUGCAAUCUUGAAGAAUUAUACAUCACCCUUCCCUCUUUUGAACCUGUUCAUCAAUGUUUCGAUCUAUUGUCUCAGAGUAAUUUGAAGGUCUUACAUAUCAAUUUACCAGAUAGAGGUAGUGAAGUGGAAGAACUUGAAGGGUUGGUAGAACGAAUGAAAUGGUUAGAAGAGGUCGGAAUGGGUAAUAGGGUAUAUGAAGUUGUCAGAACGUAUGAAGAAGGGAUGAAAAAAGUAGAGUUGGUUAGAUGGGGUAAAACUAGUAUUCCUAGAUAUUUUCAAAUUUGGAGAGGGUGA